UCCUCCUCCUCUCACAGUCCUCUCAGGCCGCAGUGAGACACGGAGUGCGCUCUCUGCAGGAACCAGUGGACCAUCAGAACCAGUGGACCAGUAGAACCAGUAGGACCAGUGGACCAGCAUGGCGCUCUCCAUCGACCCCCACUAUAAGAAGCUGCAGCAGUGGCACGCGGCUCACGGAGCGAGCCUCAACAUGAGGGAUCUGUUCCGGACCGAGCCGGACCGCUUCAGCUGCUUCAGCACCACUCUGGACACGGACGAUGGAGAAAUCCUGCUGGACUACUCCAAGAAUCUCAUCAACCAGGAAGUGAUGGGCAUGCUGCUCGCCAUGGCCAAGUCCAGAGGAGUGGAGGAGGCCAGGCAGAAGAUGUUCUCUGGAGAGAAGAUCAACUUCACCGAGGGUCGUGCUGUGCUCCACGUCGCUCUGCGUAAUCGCUCCAACACGCCGAUCACAGUCGACGGUAAAGACGUGAUGCCGGAGGUGAACCGUGUUCUGGACAAGAUGAAGGCCUUCUGUCACAGAGUCCGUAGCGGCGAGUGGAAAGGCUUCAGUGGGAAAAGCAUCACGGACAUCGUGAACAUCGGCAUCGGAGGCUCUGACCUGGGCCCUCUGAUGGUGACGGAGGCUCUGAAGCCGUACUCGGCCGGUGGACCAAACGUUUGGUUCGUCUCCAACAUCGAUGGGACUCACUUGACCAAGACUCUGGCUAACCUCAAUGCAGAGACCACCCUCUUCAUCAUCGCCUCCAAGACGUUCACCACUCAGGAGACCAUCACCAACGCUGAGUCUGCCAGAGACUGGUUCCUCCAGACGGCCAAUGAUAAAUCUGCUGUCGCCAAACAUUUUGUGGCUCUGUCCACCAACGCAGUGAAGGUGAAGGACUUCGGCAUCGACACGGAGAACAUGUUUGAGUUCUGGGAUUGGGUCGGAGGUCGUUACUCCCUGUGGUCCGCCAUCGGUCUGUCCAUCGCGCUGCACAUCGGCUUUGAGAACUUUGAGCAGCUUCUGUCUGGAGCUCACUGGAUGGACAACCACUUCCUGAGCGCUCCUCUGGAGCAGAACGUCCCGGUGCUGCUGGCCGUCCUCGGCGUGUGGUACAUCAACUUCUUCAAGGCGGAGACGCACGCCAUGCUGCCCUACGACCAGUACAUGAGCCGCUUCGCCGCCUACUUCCAACAGGGCGACAUGGAGUCUAACGGUAAAUCCAUCACCAAAGACGGCGUUCGUGUCGACUAUCACACCGGACCAAUCGUGUGGGGAGAACCAGGGACCAACGGACAACACGCCUUCUACCAGCUCAUCCACCAGGGAACUCGUAUGAUUCCUGCUGACUUCCUCAUUCCUGCUCAGUCUCAGCAUCCAAUCAGAGACAACCUCCACCACAAGAUCCUGGUGGCCAACUUCCUGGCUCAGACAGAAGCUCUGAUGAAGGGGAAGACUUCAGACGAGGCUCGUAGAGAGCUGGAGGCCGGAGGCCUGAAGGGAGACGCCCUGCUGCAGCUGCUGCCUCACAAAGUCUUUGAAGGGAACAAGCCGAGUAACUCCAUCGUCUUCAAGAAGCUGAGCCCGUUCAUACUGGGAGCUCUGGUUGCGAUGUACGAACACAAGAUCUUUGUUCAGGGAGUCAUGUGGGACAUCAACAGCUACGACCAGUGGGGGGUGGAGCUGGGUAAACAGCUGGCGAAGCAGAUCGAGCCGGAGCUUCAGGACGACUCUGAGGUUUCCUCCCACGACUCGUCCACCAACGGACUCAUCAACUUCCUGAAGAAGAACUUCGCCUGAUUCCUCCGUCACAUGACCCCCCCCCCCCCCAGCUCUCUCAUUGGCUGGAACCCUGAGCACUUUAUGUCUGUGGCGUGUGUCAGCAGGACGUCAUGUCAUCAGAAGCUUCUAUCUGGAACAGAGAUGUGCACAUGUUACUGUAGCUGAAGCCCCGCCCCCUAACCAAUCAGCACCUUCAAAAUAAAAGUUCUGUUUGUCUGAA